GUGGCGGCUGUCCUGAGCCCCGGGCCAGCUGAUGUCCAGGUUAGGGCAGCGUUGGGGCCCUGAUCCCAGCCUGGAAGGUUGGACUUCACGUCGACCCUUUCCUGGCUCUUCUGCCGCUCACUGGCCUGGACCAGACAGGAUUGGGGAGCCCAGAGGCUGCAGGUGCAGUGACCACUGCUCCCCAGGAGCUCCCUGCUCCUCCUUCCCAAGCAGGAAGUGGAGCCAGACCUGCAUCUGGAAGGGCCAUGCGCGGCACCACACUCCUGGCCCUGCUGGCACUGGUGCUGCUUUACCUGGUGUCUGGGGCUCUAGUGUUCCAGGCUCUGGAGCAGCCUCAUGAGCAGCAGGCUCAGAAGAGAAUGGAUGAUGGGCGAGACCAGUUUCUGAGGGACCAUCCCUGUGUGAGCCAGAAGAGCCUGGAGGAUUUCGUCAAGCUCGUGGCUGAAGCCCUGGGAGGGGGCGCAAACCCAGAAACCAGUUGGACCAAUAGCAGCAACCACUCAUCAGCUUGGAACCUGGGCAGCGCCUUCUUUUUCUCGGGGACCAUCAUCACUACCAUCGGCUAUGGCAAUAUAGCCUUACACACAGAUGCCGGGCGUCUCUUUUGUAUCUUCUAUGCACUGGUGGGGAUCCCGCUGUUCGGGAUGCUGCUGGCAGGAGUCGGGGACCGGCUGGGCUCCUCUCUGCGCCGGGGCAUCGGCCACAUCGAAGCAAUCUUCUUGAAGUGGCAUGUGCCACCGGGGCUGGUGAGAAGUCUGUCUGCAGUGCUCUUCCUGCUGAUCGGCUGCCUGCUCUUCGUCCUCACUCCUACCUUUGUCUUCUCCUACAUGGAGAGCUGGAGCAAGCUGGAAGCCAUCUACUUUGUUAUAGUGACUCUCACCACCGUAGGUUUUGGUGAUUAUGUACCCGGCGAUGGCACCGGGCACAACUCUCCAGCCUACCAGCCGCUGGUGUGGUUCUGGAUCUUGUUUGGCCUAGCCUACUUCGCCUCAGUGCUCACCACCAUCGGCAACUGGUUGCGAGCGGUGUUCCGCCGAACUCGGGCAGAGAUGGGUGGCCUCACGGCGCAGGCUGCUAGCUGGACCGGCACAGUGACAGCACGAGUGACCCAGCGAACUGGGCCCAGCGCCCCGCCGCCAGAGAAGGAGCAACCACUCCUGCCCUCAUCUUUGCCGGCACCUCCUGCUGUUGAGCCAGCACACAAGCCCGGCUCCCCUGCACCUGCAGAGAAGGUUGAGACUCCUUCCCCGCCCACGGCCUCAGCUCUGGAUUACCCCACUGAGAAUCUGGCCUUCAUCGACGAGUCCUCAGACACGCAGAGUGAGCGUGGCUGUGCCCUGCCUCGGGCUCCUCGGGGUCGCCGCCGACCCAACCCAUCCAAAAAGCCCUCCAGACCCCGGGGUCCUGGGCGACUCCGAGACAAGGCCGUGCCGGUGUAGGGACAGGAUCUCUGGCCCGGGAUCCCACGCCAGGGCUUCGCCCCUGCUGAUGCUCAGGCAUGCUUGGCUUAUUUGACCAAAGAGCCCUCCCUCUUUUGUUCCACGUGGUUGCAACCCUGACAGGAGUCCAGUGGUUGCCAGAAGCCACCGCUCUUCCCUGGCUGGUUCUUCACAUCCAACCAUUUCCAAAGUCCACCAUCCAAGGCUUUUUGUCUCGCUUCCCUGCCGGUUUUGCCCCUCACACCUCACGACUGUGCCUCAAAACCUGCACCAAUAAAACAAAAAGUCUGCACCACCGAGUGCAUGCGCCUGUGACCCAA